AUGUUUGAACCAGUCAGAGGCGGCACCCGAGGAGGACAGGCCGAAUUUAAGUGGUCAGACGUCUCAGCGGACAAAGAUCGCGAGAACUACCUCGGUCACAGUAUCAACGCGCCUACCGGUCGCUGGCAGAAGAACAAAGACAUCCACUGGUACAACAGAGACCAGGCACUAUCGCAGCAGGAGCGGGACGAGGAGAUACGCAAGGUCAAGGAGGCCGAGGCUGAGGCUCUGGCAGCGGCAUUAGGCUUCGCCACUGGCCAGAAACCCGGUGUACCAAACACCACUGGUGCUCCCGGGACAGGUGCCAACGCGAUCGGCGUGACGCCCAAGCCCGCCGCAGUGCCUGCGUCCGCGUCCAUGUCGCCAUCUCAAGAUCCCGAGAAGGAAGAGCGGCGGCGUCGGAAAGAGGAGCGUCGGAAAGAGAAGGAGGAGAGGCGUGCGCGGAAGGAGCGCCGGCGGGCAAAGCGCGAGCGAGAUCGCGGCCGUGAGCGGGGGCGUGGAUUUGGGCAUGACGACGACGAUGACCGCAGCGAGCACCGGCGCGUCUCGCGCUCGCGCUCGCCCGUGCCUCGGCGACGGAACAGGUCGUACGACCGCAGCAGGUACAGCCGUUCGCGGACGCCUCCUGCGCGCGGGUCUAUGCAGUAUGGUGAGGAGGAACGCAUGCGCGAGAGGGAGCGCGACCGGAGGCGAUGGGAGGACAAUGCACGCCGCGAGCGGCCUGGCGCGCGGUAG